AUGAGCACGGAUUUAUCGAGGAAGAAAAAGUUAAGAGGGGCUCAUCGAGCGUCCGCCACACGACUUCAAAAGACGGUGAGUGAAGUACUUAUUUCUUUUGACCCAAAUAAUCUGGAAGAAAUUGUGCCCAAACUGAAUCAACUUAAAACUAGCAUGAAAGAAAAACUUGAAACUUUAAAGGUCCUUGAUGAGGAAAUUCUUGAACUAGUUGAUGAAGCUAAUAUUGAAGAAGAAAUAGAACAGUGCGAUAUUUGUAGAGAAGGCUUGCAGUUGGCUUUAGAAAAUGUAGAAAGAGCACUUAAUACCUCCAGCAUGUCUAGUUUAGCUGUGUUAUCGAAUGUGACUGAAAAUACAACAAGUAACACCCCACCAGUACCCAGUCAAGCCCCCACAUCACCCCAAGGCUCUAGUGCUAGCACUGCAAGCACGUCGUUACUACAGAAUCAAUAUUCAAGUCAGCUUGAUACAUCAAAUGAAAAUGGAAUGCCAAAUUUGGGUCAGCCUUCUAUGUCAACUGUGAAUCAACCCCAACCAGUAGAGCAUCCUACCAUACCACAUCUGCAUCACCCGAUAACCCUGGGGGGCAUCCAGCUGUCCAACCAAUCAAUCAUGUAGCACAAGUAAAAUUGCCAAAAUUAAUCCUUAAAAGGUUUUCUGGGGAUCCUAGUCAAUGGAACCCAUUCUGGGAUACAUUUGAAGCCUCUAUCCACAACAAUCCCUCCUUAGCACCGAUUGAUAAAUUCAAUUAUCUCAAGUCUUUCAUGGACGGAGCUGCUGCUGAAUCCAUUGCUGGAUUGUCUUUAACUAAUGCUAAUUAUGAAGAGGCAAUUGUUAUUUUGAAAUCAAGGUUUGGGAACAAACAG